UCAUAAACAUCGUGUAGUGUAUGAUGACCCGAAAAGCGUUGGGAAUUUCGCGAAAUCUGGGAAAAGAUGCUGUAGCACGGGAUUGUGGACGAUUUUAAUGGAAUGUAUUUAUGCUGUAUGUGUGUUUUUGUGCUGCAAUGGGCUGCGGAAGCAGCAAGAUAGUGCCCGAUUCCCCGGUGGACCCUCAUGUGGAUUGGGUGAAAACUCUUGAAACAGGACCGAAUGUCCGACGGAAUAAUAACUACAACAAUACCUACCAUCGGAACUACAAUGAUCAUAACAGCAACAAGAAGAAAAGCAUGGGUAAAUAUAAGGCCAAGUUUGAUCCAAGAGUGUUGGCAAAGUACGAUGUCAAAGCUCUAAUCGGUAGGGGCAGCUUCAGUCGUGUCGUUCGUGUUGAACACAAACUAACAAAGCAGCCAUACGCGAUCAAAAUGAUCGAAGUAAAGGAAGGCAAAGAGGUAUUUGAAACUGAACUUGGUGUGCUCAGAAGGGUGAGGCACACAAAUAUUGUGCAACUCGUUGAGGUGUUUGAAACGCCAGAGAGAGUAUACAUGGUCAUGGAAUUGGCAACGGGUGGGGAAUUAUUCGACAGGAUCGUGGCGAGAGGGAGUUUCACUGAGCGAGAUGCAACACGGGCAGUGCAAAUGGUACUAGAAGGUGUCCGUUACUUACAUGCCCUCGGCAUCACACACAGGGACCUAAAACCCGAGAAUUUACUGUAUUAUCACCCGGGGAACGAUUCUAAAAUUCUGAUCACAGACUUUGGAUUGGCCAGUACGCGUAAAGCUGGCGAUGAAAUGACGAUGAAAACUGCUUGUGGAACCCCCGAAUACAUUGCUCCGGAAAUACUACUCCGGAAAAGUUAUACAAACUCUGUUGACUUAUGGGCGCUUGGCGUCAUAACUUUUAUUUUGCUUAGUGGAACAAUGCCUUUCGAUGACGAAAACAGAACAAGGCUAUACCGAAAAAUAUUAAGGGCAAAAUAUUCGUUUUCAGGGGAGCCCUGGAAAGACGUCUCAAACCUGGCCAAAGAUUUUAUAGUUAAAUUAUUAACAGUCAACCCCAAUGAGAGAAUGGGUGCUUCUGUAUCUAUGAAACAUCCGUGGUUGGUGACCAAUGCCGCAUCAUCUAGUCUUAAGAAUCUCCAACGUUCCAUCAGUCAGAAUCUCUUGAAGCGAGCGUCGUCAAGAAGCCGAAGCACAAAAUCAGCUAGGUCAACUAAGUCGAAUAAAUCUAACAAAUCUAUUGUGUCUCUGCGGUCUCAGCAUAAAAGAGUACAACCAGAAGAACUGGACGAGUUGGCAAGAAGUGGGACGCUUUUCAGAGAUGGCGAUGACUGACGUUUUAUGACAAAUGUAGUUUGAUAUACGAGAAAUCGAAAGAGAAAG